GCCUUGGCCUUGCCGGUGUCGGUGGAUGUGGAUGCUUCUCUGCAAGCAUGCAAAAAGGAGCCGGAAACAGAGGACUACGGCAGAGCUGAUUCAGCUGAUGCACAAGUCGCGGAGCCGGAAGCAGAGAACUACUGCAGAGCUCAUUCAGCUGAUGCACAAGUCCCGGAGCCAAGCCCAAGCACGCCGAGCCCGGACGAAGCAACCCAAGUUGACACAUGUCCAGAGGCUGCCAAGGCUCCUGAAUCGCUGCAGCCCACUCAGGUUGAUUCGCCAGGGUUGCCACCUCGCCAUCAGGUGCCUGCCCAACACAUGCAAUUGCAGGAGUCGGACGACGACGAGGCCGACGGCGACUUCGCAGUGAAGUCUGUGCCACCUCCCGCCCUAUCCAAGGAUGCUGUUUACCACAAGAUGAGGAGAAUGAUGCUACCACGAGCCGACGGUAGCUACCUGGUAGGACCCGAAUUCCGUGAACAGUACAAGGACAAGCAUCAUGGAAGACCUAAGCUGGAGGCCAUGUUUGAACGUGCUGGCUACAACCCGGAGCUCUUCGUCAAGAGGUGUAAGUACAUCCAGGAAAGCAUCCAGGAGGAAACCCUCGAGAUAGACGGAGAGCAAUCCAAGUAUGGAUGCGGCACCAUGUACUGGACCGACAUCCGAGUGUCCGGGAAGUUGAAUAGCAUGCAUGCUCUUUCUCUAGCAUGCAUUGUGAAUUUCAUCCAAGACCCUUCCCUGGCUGCCGCUCUUCACGCCGACCCCGCUCUCGAAGAGGAGAUGGAUGAACAGCAGGAUGAAGAGAUGCCUCAGAAUGGGGCGACCCUGAAGACGGGCUUUCCCAAACUGGAGGAUGAUAUGCAGCCUUCUAGUUUGCUUCUACCAGCAAGCAAGUGCAUGAGUCGGCAUGCUAAGAAGCUGGAUCAAUUGCUUCUCCGGUUUAAGCCGAACCCAGAGUCAGAGGGACAGGGAAAGGAGUUGACCGAUCUUCAAGCUUCGCUUCUGGGCUAA